AUGUCCAUUCCAGCUAACGCCAACGUCACCGUUUUGAACAAGAACGAGAAGAAAGCAAGAGAGAUGAUCUCGAAGUUCUCUUUGAAGAGGGUCCCAGGGAUCGUGAGAGUCGCCUUCAGAAAGAAGAACAACGAGAUCAUUGCCGUCGACAAGCCAGACGUUUACAGAACCGUCGGUGGUAACUACGUUGUCUUCGGGGAGGCCAAGGUCGACGACUUCACCAAGAAGCUGGCCGACGCUCAACAGCAGAUGGAGAAGAGCGGGAUCUCUGACGUCUCUGGGGACAAGUCUCCAGCUGACAUUCAGAAGGACAUGCAGGCUGCUGCCGCUGAGACCGAGGGCGAGGCCGGUGCUGAGGCCGGUGCCGCAGAGGACGAGGAAGUCGACUCGGGCGACCUGUCCAACGACGACGUCGUGUUAGUCAUGGAGCAAGCUAGUGUCUCCAAGGCUAAAGCCGUGAAGGCUUUGAAGGAACACGGCGGCGACAUCGUCAAUGCCAUCAUGUCCUUGUCCAAAUAA